GUGUCUGUUCUACACAAAUCCUCACCUGUGUAACACCAAUUUUCUCUACCUCUAUUUCUAGGGUUUCUUCUCCCCUUACCUAUCCACCAUAACCGGCGUCGCGUCUAUAUUCCUCCGUCUCCGUUCAGUUUCAACGAUAACACCAAUUUUCUCUACCUCUAUUUCUAGGGUUUCUUCUCCCCUUACCUAUCCACCAUAACCGUCGUCGUCGUCGUCGUCGUCGUCCAUAUUCCUCCGUCUCCGUUCAGUUUCAACGAUCGAGAUCGAUGGAUCUGGAGGUACUCGGCCGCCACGCCCUCCUCUUUGACGACGAUGCCAACUCGGCGUUCGUCAACUCUAAUGACGCUCUCGUGGAAUGGAAUUCUCUUCUCAUCGAUCGCUACGACGUUCGCCACCUUCUCCCAACACCGCUACCGCCGUUCAAGAGGCGGCGCCACCACUCCUCUGCUUUGCCUGCUGAAAUUUCUCAGCUUGAGUUGGAGCUCGAUCAGGAAAGGUUCCUCGAUCUUCCGCCACCUUCCGAUGAACAAGAAUUAGAUAAUGGUUUGGAAAAGGCAGAUGCUGCUGGCUAUCACACUGUUGCCUUUUCAUAUGGGAACCCUGAUGAUUCUUCCAACCAAAAGAAUGCUGAUGCUGGAUCAGAUACUGCUUUCCAUCCACCCUUUCCAGUGCCCGAAAACCUACUCAACAACCUACCUCCAACAGAGAAGCUACAUCAGAUCAUUGCGAGGACUGCUAUGUUUGUUAGCAGACAUGGUGGGCAAUCAGAAAUUGUUUUGAGGGUGAAACAAGGAGACAACCCAACAUUUGGAUUCUUGAUGCCUGACCACCAUCUUCAUGCGUACUUUAGGUUUCUUGUUGACCACCGAGAACUUCUAGAGUCUGAUGUUGAUGGCAAAACUGAAGAAGAGAAGAAAGCUGAUAAUGAGGACAAUCAGACAGGUGGUGUUGGAGGAGGUGGAGCUUUGUCCUUGCUUGGUUCUGUAUAUGGGUCUGGGGAGGAUGAGGAGGGCACAAAUAUGGAUUCCUCUGAAUCUCAAGAAAAUGAUCGUAAGGAAACCUCCACGGCUGCUAAUACAGCGGUUUCUCAUGGUUCAGGGGGGAUGGUUUCUUCUAUGAAUAUAGAUGGAAACAAUGAAGCAAUUCCUAAGCAUCUGCCUCCUAAAGAAAAAGCUCCUCUGUCAAAAAGGAACCGUGUUGCCAGUACAGUUAAGGGUGGAGCUGCAAGUAGCUUGAAAAAGAAAGGUGAAGACUUGGGUUCACUUGGUGCUGCCAUGGACAAGUCACAGACUUCUGCAUUGCCAAGCACCUCCAAGGUUAAAACAUUGGUUUUGGAGCCUCCCUCUGAUUUAAAGAGAUUGGUUGAUAAGAUAGUUGAGUUCAUUCUAAAAAAUGGGAAGGAAUUUGAGGCAGUGCUUGUUGAACAGGACAAUAAACAUGGGAGAUUUCCAUUUCUUCUGCCAUCCAACCAGUAUUACCCUUAUUAUCUGCAAGUUCUUCAAAAGCUCAAGAGGUGUUCAAAAUUAACUGGCAAGAAUCUCAAUUCAGAGAAGGAUGGGCUGGACAAAAGAACUGCUUCAUCCAAUGAUGCUGCCUCCUUGGGUUCUUCUUAUCAUGAUAUGCCAUAUGAUUCUGACAGGAAAGAAAAGUUUAAGAUGGUACUUGGCAAGUCAAGGAAAGAUGGACAGGAUCAUCCUUCCAAACCGACCCAGCAACAGAUUGGUGUCAGCUUGGAUACAGCUGCAGCCAUUCUUCAGGCUGCCACGAGAGGCAUUAAGAAUCCCAAUUUCGACAUUCUUCCAAGGACAUCAUCAAAUGGUAUCAGUCAUGGCCUCAGCAGUGAGGGUGGGCAGGCUUCUAGUUUUCAGAGUCGCUUUUCUUCUCAACCUCAUAGUUCCAGCCAAAAGUCAGAUCCAAAUGAAGGGCCCAGUGUUUCUGUCCCUGUUGCCAAGGCUAUUGCAAAUACUGCAGCACUUGCUGCUGCAAGUGAGGCUGACUCAUCUGAAGCACACUUGACUAAAGAGCAGAAGCUGAAGGCUGAAAGAUUGAAACGAGCAAAGAUGUUUGCAGCCAUCAUAAAAGGUGGAGCUGGGCCUUUAAAAACUGAAACAGUCCGUAGCUUAUCAGUAGAACCGCCUGAAUCUGGGUUUUCUGGUUUAGGUGGGUUGGGUGGUGAAGCUUUAAAUCUUGCCAGCAAAGAAAGAGAAGGCAGCUCAGUUCCAGUAGAUUUUGAUACAUCCGGCAAAACUGAGAAGCCAGAAAGAGAACAUUCUGACACUGAACAUAAUGAACGGCGAUCAAGAAGGAAGUAUCGGUCAAGAUCAAAAAAACAUGAAGAAGAAGAAGAAGAAGAUGACGAUGAUGACAAUUAUGGCGAUGGUGGAAAAGAAGAGGAUGAAAAAGAAGACAGAAGGGAUCGCAAGCACUCUAGGAAGAAGCACCGCUCUCAUCAUUCUUCACAUCGCAGUAGAGACAGGCAUAAGCAUAGAAAAAGGCAUUCUUCUUCCAAGGACCGAGAGUCUCGGCAUCGGCACAAGCAUGAGUAUUCUGAUGAUGAGCAUCGGGACCGAAGAAAACGAAGUAAGAAAUCUAAUUCAGAAAGAGAAGCAGACUUGGAAGAAGGGGAGAUCAGUACAAAAUCCUCAGAUCAAUCAAAAGUCAGUGUGGGUGAAGGUGCCAGUAGAGAAGCUUCUGUGGAUUUAUCAAAUUCCCACCAAGAUCCUAGGCCCCCAUCUCAGCCCUCUGAUACCACCCAGGUUUCCGAUGAUCUUAGAGCCAAAAUUCGGGCAAUGUUACUGGCAACCUUGUAGUGUCAGCAGCAAAACCAUUUUGUUUACUCCACUGUUUUGCCAUGACAGCUGCGGAUAUUAUUAUUCGGCCUUUGUUGUAAAGAGCCAAUGGAUAAUUACCUUUCUCCCUUUGAUUUCCCCUCUUCUUUUUUGGUGAUUGUUUCCGAGUGUUGUAAUAGAGCUUUGAGUUCAUAGCAAAUUUACCUAUUAUUAAGAUGAUCCAGUCACCGCCCAAACACUUGGUAAAUUAAGUCGAUUCCGUAU